UUAGCAUUAGCGUGUAGCGCGACGCCGGAGUCUCUUCAUCUGUCGCCGCUGCGCCGUGGCCCGUGACCCGGUUCUGCUGCACAGGUUCGAGCCGCACUCUCCGGUUAGUGCGCGCUGUCCUGUGUCUGCGUUUGCUGAAAUAUAAUGGCUGUUCCUCCGGCGUACGCAGACCUGGGAAAGGCUGCAAAGGACGUGUUUAACAAGGGCUACGGGUUUGGGACGGUGAAGCUUGAUGUCAAAACCAAGUCUGCUAACGGAGUGGAGUUUAAAACAUGUGGCACGUCUAACAUGGACUCAAACAAGGUCAGCGGGAACCUGGAGACCAAGUAUAAAUGGGCCGAGUACAGACUGACCUUCACUGAGAAGUGGAGCACGGACAACACGCUGGGCACGGAGAUCAGCGUGGAGGACCAGGUGCAGAAAAAUAACUUCCUUAUGAUUCCUACAGUCAUGGAGAACCUAGAUCCUCCUGACCACCAGCUCUGGAGAGCACAUUAUGUUUUAGCGAUUUCUCGGAGACCUCACAUGUCACAGUGUUAGGUCUGGAUGUCUUACAUAUGUCUUCUUUGUACAUAUAAUAAA